AGCGGUCGUAACAAGAAUGGCCGCGGCCACGUGAAGCCCGUGCGCUGCUCCAACUGCGCUCGCUGCACUCCCAAGGACAAGGCCAUCAAGAGAUUCACCAUCCGCAACAUGGUUGAGUCCGCUGCCAUCCGUGAUAUCUCCGAGGCCUCCGUCUUCACCGACUACGCCGUCCCCAAGAUGUACCUGAAGCUGCAGUACUGCGUGUCCUGCGCUAUCCACGGCAAGAUCGUCCGUGUCCGCUCCCGGGAAGGUCGUCGCAACCGUGCCCCCCCUCCGCGCAUCAGGUACAACAAGGACGGCAAGAAGCUGAGCCCCCCUCAGGCCGCCAAGGCUAUGUAA